AUGGGGAUGGCAGUGAGCGUGGGGGGACAAGGAGAGGUGGAGAAGACAGAGGGGACAAGGGAAGAUGGGGCGGAUAUACUCGCAAUUGUUGUCCGCUGCCUUCCGCCAAGGUUUGUUGCAAUAGUCCAGAAAAGAUUGCAAGAACUCAUUCUCAUCGAUACUGACAAACAAGCUUUGACCUUCAAACUGUGGGAAGAAACUAUUAUUGAGGACGAAGGCAGGAAACUCCUUGACCAAUUUCAAAAAUGUCCUAUUAUCUUUGCCAGGCGUAUUGGGGUAUCCAAGUACAAUGGUACAUCGUUGACAACAAAAUUUAACACCACAAUACAAAUUGAUCCCCCUUAUUCCCAAUGCCUACAAUUGCACACAUGGGUCACAGAAAACAGAGAAAUGCUUGCUUCUUUCAGUCUGAGGAGCACAUCUAAAUCUGAAUCUCUUAUCAGCGUUUCAGUAGAUGAACAAACAGUCCCAAUUGCAAAUGUUCAAUCACAACAGGACGGGCAUUCCUUCUCCAUCGAGGCAAAAGUAUCACUUCCAAAUAAACUCAAAAGUUGCUAUGUUUUACUAUGUCCCAACUGCAAACAAGAAGUCAGAAGUUUAAUAAAAAGAAACUUUUUGUGUAUGACUUGUAAGCAACGAAAUAUGUUAAUUCGCAGUUAUUUUUAUCUCUAAGUUUACACAUACAUCCAAACACAAUAUUU